AUGGUAGAUGCACCCUCGGGAAAGAUGGCGUCUACUGGACAAGACGAGCGUAAUGACAACACUCUCGAAGCAUCAAGGCCCGCGCCCGACGUCGCCGAAGCACCAUACACAAUAUUCGAUACGAGGCAAAAGUGGUUAAUUGUCUGCAUCGUUUCCGUCGCCGCCACCUUCUCCGGCUUCGCCUCCAACAUUUACUUUCCGGCGCUGCCCACCAUCGCCGCCGACCUGCACGUCUCGGUCGAGCUCGUCACGCUGACCGUCACCUCGUACCUCAUCUUCCAGGGCCUGGCACCCAGCGUCUGGGGCCCCGUGUCCGACGUCCGCGGGCGGCGCGUGGCCUACCUGUGCACCUUUGUCGUCUUCCUCGGCGCCUGCGUCGGCCUCGCCCUCACGCGCAACUACGCCACGCUCGUCGUGCUGCGCUGCCUGCAGAGCGCCGGCAGCGCGAGCACCAUUGCCAUUGGCGCCGGCGUCCUCGGCGACGUCACCACGCGCGCCGAGCGCGGCGGCUACAUGGGCGUCUUCCAGGCCGGCCUGCUGGUGCCCGUCGCUGUCGGGCCCAUCAUCGGCGGCGCCAUUGCGGGCACGCUCGGCUGGCGCGCCAUCUUCUGGUUCCUGACCAUCUACAGCGGCGUGUUCCUGCUGCUGCUGGCCGCGGUCCUGCCCGAGACGCUGCGGUCGCUGGUGGCGAAUGCGAGCUGCGCGCCCCAAGGCAAUUGGCUGGCGCGGUUUCCGCUGGGGGUGUACCAAAAGACGACACGGGUCGAGUGGGAUCGCGGCGCGCCGCCGCCGGUGCUGCCGCCGCAGAAGAAGAUUGACGUGCUCGGUCCGCUGCGCAUUCUGGGAAGUAAAUUUGCGACGCCGAUUGUCGUGUUUCUGGCCAUUUACUACACGGUGUGGCAGAUGAGCAUAACAGCCAUGUCGUCGCUCUUCAAGGACCGCUACGGCCUGAGCGAGCUUCAGAUUGGCCUGACCUUUAUCGCCAAUGGCGUCGGCUGCGUCGUCGGCACGCUCGUAACCGGCAAGAUCCUCGACGCCGACUAUCGCCGCGUCAAAGCCAAACUGCCAACCACCACAUCCGACUCUGCCAACGACGACGAAACCAGCUUUCCGAUUGAAAAGGCCCGCCUGCGGCUCAUCCCAUUCUUCUCCCUCAUGCAGUGUCUGUCAAUCCUGCUCUUUGGCUGGACCAUCCAGUACCCGCACAGCGUGCCCAUUGCCAUCCCCAUCAUCUCGACCUUUGUCACCGGCUGGGCCGCCAUCUCGACGCAGUCGGCCAUCUCGACCUACCUCAUCGACGUGUUCCCCGACCGCAGCGCCGCGGCGACCGCCAGCCUCAACCUGGCGCGCUGCCUGUGCGCGGCGGGCGGCACGAGCUUCGUCAUGCCCAUGAUUCGCGGCAUCGGCGUGGGGUGGACGUUUACCGUUUGCGUGGCCGUGCAGCUGCUGGCGUUGGUUGGGCCGUUUAUCCAGUAUCGGUAUGCGGGGAAGUGGAGGAUGGAAAAGGAACAAGAAAAGGCGUCAAGAGCCGGACAUUAA